CGACGCGGCCGAACAGACGUGUGUGCGCAUAAAGCCAAAACAUUUUGAUCUCAACGGUGCUUUUUUUUGCUGUUCGCUCUUCUUCUUCCACGCUCUCCGUUGUGUGUGUGUGUGUCCUUAACUGCCAUAAGAGUGUGAAAAGCAAUGCAUAAUAUUUAUAAAUAGAAUCGAAAAUCUAGAUUGAUUAAUUCGUCGAUAAAAAGUGAAUGAAAACAAUGCACAAAUGACGCUGCAACGACAUAAAACGAACUUUCUUCCACAAAGACAAAGUAAACAAAAUAAUAUUAGCUACGAUGAGAACAGCAACAAGAACCACAACAAUAACCACAACAACAACAAUUGCCCACCCCGAACCCCCAAAUGGGCCAACAAAUGCACAAUACUCCUCCUCAUCCUUCUGUUGUCGUCGUCCUGCCAACUAGGUCGAUCACAACAACAACAACAACGCCGCGACACGGAAUUGGAGACCAUCGAAGUACAGCAGGAUAAUGAGAAUGAGAACGACAACGAUAUCGAAUUCGCCAGUCUAGAUGGCGCCACACAAUUGCUGCCAGCAACGCGUCACAACAACGACGCCACUGCGGCGCCACCGUCGACGCCAUCCUUGCUGCUGACAUCAUCGGCCAACUCGUACACCGAACUUCAGGGUGGCGAGAUACUCAGCGAGCGAACUCUGCGCCUUAGCGAGAGUCCGUACCUGGCACGCGAUGACCUGGAGGUGCUUCGUGGCGCCCGUCUGACCAUCGAGCCGGGCGUGACUGUUGAGUUUGCGCCCACCAAGGGCCUCAAGGUGCGCGGCGUGCUACAAGCUGUGGGCACACCCACAGCGCGCAUCGUGCUGAGAUCUCAAAGUAAUGCUGCCAAUGUUAAAAUGGAGCUGCCCGAUGAGCAGGAGAAGGGCAUACGUUUAGUGGAUGGACCGACGCCAGUGGAGGGCAGACUGCAGCUUUAUCACAAAGGUGCCUGGCGUUCUGUGUGCUCCAAUUCAAGAAAUUGGACCAUGGCAGACUAUGCGGUGGCCUGCAAACAGAUGGGCUAUCGAGGAGGACGCUUCUGGAAUUGGGUAGAACGCACGCCUGGCUAUUAUCCUCGACUGCUCUACGAGCAGCCAAAGUGUCGGGGCAGUGAGAACAGUUUAAUGGACUGCAGCUGGAGUUCGAGACAAAUGGGCGCUGGCUCCUGUGAUUAUCACAAUGAUCUGGGCAUCCAGUGUCUGCCAGUGCACUCGAAAGCUCUGGGACAUUGGCGUGGCAUCUACUUUGACAAUGCGCCAUCCACAAAGUCAUUGGGCAGGGAUAACACCGUCUAUGCGGCGCAGUCCGAAUCGCGGCUCAAGUAUGUGGAUAUCAUUAGGGCUGGCAAUGGCGCGGGUUUCAGUGCCAAGUCAGCGCUGGAGGUGCAGGGAUUGCCACCGCAAAUGGAACAUGUCGUCAUCAGUCAUUCGGCAUACACGGGCUUCAAUAGCACACGACCCUGGGCAGGCUUCCAGCUGCAGAAUGUCACCGUGCGCAAGAGCAACGGCAUUGGCAUCUUCGUGAACUCCAGCCAAGGAUUGGUGCAACUCGAGGGCUGCUCUGUGGUGGACAAUGCUGCCGAUGGCAUCAAGUAUGUUGGCCACGAUCUGCGUGGCACCGAGCGCACUGAUCGCGCCAGCAUCUACGACUUUUGUACACUGCCCACGACGUCCGGUCAAACGUAUCCCAUCUCGUUGUCCUUCACCCAGAAGUAUUACGCAGGCUCCAGCAAGGAGUGCAGCAAAUAUUUCUUUACACGACCUGGCUACCUGCUCACCCUACACUUUGAGUACUUUAUGAUGCAGCAGAAUGACACGGGCACAGUGGAGAUCUUCGAUGGCGCCUCUUCCAACGAUCGCCUGCUCUUCCAGUGGCAGGCGAGAAACUUCACCCGACCGCAGAGUGUGACAAGCACACGAGAGAAAAUGUUUGUGCGCAUACGAGCAGACGCUCGAAGAGAAAUGAAUGGAUACUUCCGCAUAACCUCUGGGGAUGCUGUGGCCUAUGAUCUUCGUGUGGCGCAGUCCACGGUGGAGGACAAUGGUGGACGUGGCGUCGCCAUUGACAAUAUUCGCUCCAAGCUGCAUGUGCACGCCAGUUCGGUGUCCGGCAAUGGACAUGUUGCUGGUGUGCAUGUGACCAGCGGUGCAGGUGAUGUGAACAUCACCAGCAGCAACAUUAGCUUCAACAAUGGCGCAGGAGUUAAUAUUACCUACUAUGGAGGUAAUAGAAAUAUCUCCCGCUCCGCCUUGAACUCGAAUCGUGGUUAUGGAAUGGCGACUUGGUUAAAUCAUACUACUGAUGUGGAUCGAGUGGAGUAUAUACCUUUCAAUCAGACCAGUGUGGUGGAGUAUUCGCAGAUUGGCGGUAAUCUGGAGAUGGGUGUGUUCCAUGGCAACUACUGUCGCCCCAUUUGGGUCAACAUCACAGGAAAUACCUUUAACGGCAGUCAACAGAACGACAUCUUCGUCGAGUCGUGUUACCAGGCAACGGAGAAUGGCAGGGCAAACAUGCAACUGCAGCUGGGCCACAAUUUGUUCAAAUACAGUCAAGCGAAUUCCAUAUAUCUAAGUCCUGCGCUCAAUCUACAGGGUCGCAUCGAGUACAACAUGUUCAAAUUUGGCGCUUAUGGCUGCAUCUAUGUGAACAACGAUUACAUCUUCCAGGAAUUUAACUAUCUGCCGGUCAAGUUGCUUAUUCAGAGCAAUUACUUUAUGCGCAACAGUGGACUGCAUGUGGUUUCCCUUGCUCUCUCGCCUUACAGUCGUGCGGAGGUUCAAUACAUUUUAUUCACACGGAAUUUUGUGCGUAGCAAUAACAUCACCGAAGCUUUUGGACCGCUAAUUGCGGGCAGCGAGGGAAACGAUGGCGCGGGGCGAUUAAAUCCUCGAUCACGGGUUGCUGCCCCGGUUGUCGUGGGCUCCAGCAAUGUGGACAUCUUUAGGAAUAUUCUGCACAAUCUUGACUCGGCGUAUGAGAUUGGUUCGCAGUUAACGGAUCAGAGUCAGAUCAUCAAUGCCACCUGCAAUUGGUUGGGUCAUACAGAUGAGAAUCGCAUCUACGCCCGUCUCUUUCAUCGUAAUGAUCGCUACAAUCUAGCCAAAAUACAAUACAUUCCUUACUUGCUGCACAGUUCCAAUCCGGGCUCUACGGCCAUGAUCACAGUCUCUACGGUGGUGCCGCGUUUCUUCCACGAGGGAUCCGAUGUCAUUGGUGGCGAGGUCGAUGGCCAGGACACGGUGCCAGCGGGCACUUAUACUGUAACCAAGGAUAUUAAUAUUAGACCUGGUGGCAAGCUCAUCUUACAGCCUGGCACAACGCUGCGCUUUGAACCGAGUGUCGGCAUGAUGGUGGCAGGAAAAUUGGAAGCUAGAGGACGACGUCCUGACGAUAUUCUCUUCACGCUGAAGCGGGAGACGAUCAUUGGAAAUGACACCGAAGGUAUUGACCUGGAUAGCGAAACGGAGGCAAUUGACAUGGAAACCGAAGUCCUGCCCGUGGAUACCGUGCCCAGGGUGCCGGUGCGACUUUUGGGCGGCGCAGGAGCUCACGAGGGUCGGCUACAGGUCUAUGUGAAGGGACGCUGGGGCACCGUCUGCGACUACGGCUGGAAUGUUCUCAAUGCCGCCUUGGUUUGUCAUCAGCUGGGCUAUUCCCUGAAUCCUCAGGACUGGCGUUUGCUGCGCUCUCAGCUACCCAAUGCUGGCACCUCGGAGGACGUGCUAUUGGCCAAUGUGCGUUGCACUCCCCACGAUCGAGAUGUGACCAAGUGUCGUGCCGAGUACGAGUUCGAGAACAGCUGCAGUCAUGAAAGCGAUGUGGGUCUACGUUGCUACGAAGGCGCAUGGGCGGGAGUGAGAUUUAGCAUGUUGGCGGAACGCGCAGAUCUACAAUAUGUGACCGUAGAAAAGGCAGGACUAUUUGACUACACAACAAACUCCUUUAAGCCCGCACUGCAAAUGGAUCAUGCACGUCACAAUCUGGAGAAUGUGCGUGUGGUAAACAAUCUACAGGAUGGCUUGGGAAUUAUCUAUGCGGAUAUAUAUGCGGGUAAAUCGGUGAACAACAUAAAGAACUCGGAAUUCUCGGGAAAUCGUGGCAGCGGUAUUAGCAUGAAACAGCUCGAUUUUCGAAUUUCCGGUUCAAUUAUCAAGGAGAAUAAAGGCAGUGGCAUCUCGCAUGACGCAGUUAUAGCAUCGCUGGAUCAAAAGGAAAUUGGCGGAUGGUUCAAUAUGGCUAGGGAUUUUAACUCUUACGAUACAGACUAUGAUCCCUAUGUGCUGCCCCACGAAUUGGCAAACAUUGAUCUUGGCACUUUUGAGCAUAAAUACAUACGUACCGAAGAAUUGUUGGGGCAAUCCAUCAGUCGCAAGAUUGUGGUGCAGUGUCCUGCUGGUUAUGUGAUUGGCAUACAGCUACUAAAUCCCAUACAUAACCUCUCCACGGAGAGCAUUAGCAUCCUCAAUGCACGCACCGAGAACAUACGCAGCGAUCUGUGGCAGGUCAAAAGGGAUCUUACAGUGUUCCCUGCAACGAGCAGCAGCUAUGGCAUCAUCAUCUACUACGAGAGUGGUCUACAUGCGUUAGGAGGAGCUGUGCUUAUGUUGAGCACAGUCACAGCGCCAGUUCAGAACAUUAGAAAUCGGAUUGUGAGUGGACCGGUACCCACUUUGACCAUACGCUCAACGAAGAUACAAAAGAAUCUGCGAGGAAUCACAGGUUAUUACUACAAUCGCUAUAUUGGCGACAAUGGGGAGUACUAUCUGCGCAAGGCCAACGAGUCCAUCAAGCUUAUCAACUCGGAACUUAGCUACAAUGAACGAGAGGCAAUAUUGAUCAAAUCACCUUUUUGGGAUGUCAUCUCCAGCAACAUAUCCGAGGUCACGCUGCACAUCAACAGUUCGCUGAUCACACAGAAUGGACAUGGCAUAAGACAAAUGUCUAAGGAUCUGCGCUCCUCAAACAAUCUCUUCCAUUACGUGAUCCAAGACACCACCGUGGAGCAGAACACACAUGGUGGCUUCCAGGUGGCAUUGCCUUAUGUCUGGCAAUACAACGAGAACUUUACGCACUCGAUUUACUUUGGCAACAGUACUUGGCAGCGCAACCGCGAUUUUCACAUCGGCGUCUUUGGCCACUAUGCGGUCUUUAACAUCACAUCAAAUGUGUUCCGCGAGAACAAUUGUCCGGGUGCGCUGAUCGCACUCGACGGCAUGGAGAAGCGUCUGCGCUUUGACAACAAUCGCUUCGAAGGCAACAGCGCAAAAUUUGUGCUGUUGUUCAAGGCGGACAGUCUGAGUGAGAUCAUUGGCCAAGUGCCUGCGAGCAUUGAGUACAAUUCCUUCAAGGGCAACAACAUUGUGAGCAUGAUGGCCGACUAUAGGCACUAUAUGCGAGCAGCGCGACGCAUUCGCAAACAACAUCAGCUGCCUAGUGCAGUCAUUCGUCUGGAUGGUGUGCAAACCGUGCGUUUGUAUCGCAAUCUCAUAGCGGAUAAUGAGAUGGAUUAUAAUCUGGUUGCGGGCGUAAGAUCAGCGCGUUUAAACAAUUAUUUCCAAGCGAAGGAGAAUUGGUGGGGCUCAAAGGAUGUGGCGUAUAUUGAGUCAAAGAUCUUUGACUUUGACAAUUGGAACGAUCAUGCGGAUGUUAUCUAUCAGCCCUUCCUCAUCGAAGACAGCUACGAUGCAAGCGUUUCGGUAGUAACCCCACCCAACGAGGACAUUUCCCUAUCGAGCUAUCGUGGCGGUCGUGUCUAUCGCGAUCUCACGCUUCCGAAGCAGGCAACACCUUACUACAUAGCCUCGGAUAUCACAGUGAUGCCUGGCACAACGCUGACUAUACAACAUGGCGUUACUCUCGAAUUUGAGCCUAAUGUGGGCAUCUUGGUGCUGGGCACACUAAUGGCCAUAGGCUACAAGGAGUCACCAAUUGUGAUGCGACCCUUUAGGAAUGCGAGCAGGGAAUCGUUGAUUGCAGCGCCGCCUCGCAAGCGUCGUGCUUUGGAGGACAUGAGUGCGGCAUUAACGGACUUCGACUCCAUCAGACUCUGCACAAGUGCGAGCAACUGUACCGGAGAGGCGGAUGGCGUGUAUGGACUGAAUGAGGGCUUCCUGGAGUACUUCAAUCACACGACACUGCAGUGGGUGCCCAUUUGCGAUGGUCGGUUCACCGAACGCAAUGCCCAGGUCGUUUGCCGUGAGUUGGGCUUUGAUCCGCUCAAUGUCUACUACGGUCACGAUAGGCGCAUUGAGUUCCACACGAACUCCUUGACACGCAUCUGGUCGUGGGUGCAACCGCUCGAGUGUCGUGGCGAUGAGGAACGCAUGGAGGAUUGUGCCGAGCGUUUGAAUGGUCAGCUCUAUGGGCAUCGUCACGAAUGCCGUUGGGACGAUGUCUAUGUGUUUGUCAGCUGCAAUAGCAUUGCCGACGACGAGGUUUAUUGGGGUGGCAUUCGCUUUUCCAACUCCAAGUUCGAGGAGCUGCAAUACGAACAUCGUUUGCACAAUUCGCGCUCGCAUGGUAAUCAGCCACAGCGCGAAAGUCAGCUGGAGUUUGUGCAGAUCGAAAAUGCAGGCAUCCUUCAUAAUCACAAGGCAGCUGCCAUUCAGGCCAUACACAAGAAUCCCUCCAUCAGUUCGGUUACCAUCAAGAACUCGGCCAAUCACGGCAUCAAUCUAAUUGCGCCAAGUGGUAAAUUGAACCUCAAUCAUUUGAACAUCAAUAAAACCCUGGGCACGGGCAUCAGCAUUGUGUCGCUGAGCGGCGAGGGACGCGACAGUGAUGAGUCCAGCUUUACACCGCUCAAAAAACUUGAUUUGCCCUACAAACUGUUCUCGCUGAUCGACAUCUGUGAUCCACAGAAGGUGCUGAGCAUCGAGGAACGUAUGCUAGUCUACUAUAAAUACGACAACAAUCCCGUCAAUUGUGUGAAGAUCUUUACCUCCGCGUUCCGUGCCAAGCCCAUUGGUUUCCGUCUGCUGCAGUCGAAUCUUUUUAAUCACUCCAAGCUUUAUGGACGCACCGAUUUCAUCAAGCUCUACGACGGCGAUAUCUACAAUGUGACAGCCACGUAUCUGGGCAAAGUCGAGUCUGAUACGGACAAUCAACGUUCCUUUUUCAAGACCAAGGGUCCAACGUUGAGCCUGCAACUUGUUGCAAGUGGCGCCCCAGAGACACACGGCUUCAUUGCAGAGAUUGUCACCGUGCCCAUUUCGACGCUGGGACAAUAUCGCGAUGCUCUGCACAAUAUCACAGAUACUCACAUCGCGGGAGCAGUGAAGGGCGCUGUUAGCUAUGCUUCUGCGGGAGAGGUGACUCCAACUUUGACCCUCAUCGGGAACCGCAUAGAACGCAACUGUAAACAGCUCUACGGCAAUUUCUCCACCUGCGCCUCAGCCCUCAACUUGGAUGUGCAGAACAUGAAUUCAUUGUACUUUAUGAACAAUCUACUGCUGGAGAACCAAGGUGGAUUACGUAUACGCGCUGAUUCGCGUGGAUCGGCGACUUCGCUGCGUGGAUUCGUGCAUCACAAUCUUUUCAUGCGCAAUCGCAAUCGUCCAGCGCUAUUUGUGGAGGGUCGUCAGUCAUCGCCGUACCAGGAAGUAGAGCUCUAUCGCAACUACUUUGCACAGAAUAAUGCUGGCUAUGCUGAGGUCAUUCGCCUAUGCCAGGUGGUGUCCAACUUUAGUUACAACUAUGUGCACAGCAACAUUGGAGGUCGCAUCAUGGAGGUGUCUGGUUUCGAGAAGGUUCGCCUGCAGAUCUACCAGACCACAGCGCACAAUGGAUUCUACCGCAAUGUGGCCACCAACUGGAUGUCCCGGGCAACGAUUGUUGCAGGCACUGCGGGUCAACAAUAUGUCGAUAACAUAUUCGAGAACUACGAAAACGAUUACGAACUACUAACUGUCAAUAAUUCCAUUAUGAGUUUUGACUAUGAAAACAGGACCUUUGAGACUUGGAGCUCCAAGAUUGAUGCACGUCACAAUUACUGGAGCUACAAUAAUACUAUUUCAGUGCAAUCCCGCAUUAGGGACAAAUAUGACGAUCCCAUGCUUCUCGAGGUGCUCGCUGUGCCCUUCCAGAUGAACAACGAGACCAUUUUGGAUGGCAAAUGUCCCCCGGGUUGGGCUCUGGUGCAGGACACCUGUUUCACCUACGUGGGUGCGCCGAUGACCUUCCAUGAGGCGCGUGAUUUCUGCCGCUCGGAGAACUCAACAAUGCCCUUCAUACGCACUGAUAGCACUACACUGUGGAAGUAUCUUCAGAGUCAGAUGCGGCAUCUGAAGUAUCCGGAGAAGGUCUGGAUACAGGAUUACAACCACAUUGAACGCUGCACAAGCUUCGUGUUUGGCGAGAUCGAGGUGGAGGAUUGCGCCAGGGAGCGUGGCUUUAUCUGCGAAAUGGAUCCAAGAGUCAUCAUUGAUCCGCUGUCGUGGCGUGCAGACAUUUUUGCCAUCAGUAUUAUCUCCGCCUUUGUGCUCGCUAUCAUCUUGCUAAUUCUGGUGGCCUUCUGCUGGUUUGCCAAGUCCAAGCAUCGUCAUGUGCAGCGACUGCAGCGACGCAAUAGCAUUCGCCAGAGUCUGCGCAGCUUGAAUAGCAUCGAUCCCCAAGGAUCGCUGCGCCGUCGUCCCAAUUAUAACAUGUCCAGCAACGGCACGCUAUCCAAGAGCCAAGACUACAAACAGAUGGUGGCCAACGGCUCCAUUGAUUCCAUGGACAAGAGUGUGCUUACUUCGGAGGCGGGCAGCUACGAGGGCUAUGAACAGAAGCCGCAUUACAACGAGUACGUCAAUCAGAAUGCGCUACGCCCAGCUGGCCAGGAACAACACCAUCAUCAGCAGCAGCCACACAAGGUGGCCACCAUCUCCAAGGGCAGUGCUCAUCGAGCUCGCGCGGCUGCAGCUGCCGCUGCCUUGGAACCCGAUGCCUUUGAGCUGAGCUAUCGCAACGAGGGCUUCAGGGAUAACUCAACGUAUGGCGGCAACACACGUGCCAACUCCAUUAGCACCAGCGUGGCUGAAGACACGCCCAUCAUACAUCACACAGACGCCGACGCCGAGGAGAUUGGCUCGGAUUACUAUGGAAAUGCCAGCACUUUGCCACUGCGCACAGAUGCCGGUGGAAGCAGCAGUGCUGUUGGAGGCGCCACAGGCGGUGGACGACGUGGCCAGCCGGGGUUGGCUUUCCUCAGCGAGCUGAAACAGAAUCUGCCCGAAUAUCAGCGCAGCUCUCAUAGCAGUUUCAUGCCACAGCGCAGCAGCGGCGAAUCGUUGCCCUUUGACCAGAAGCUCGAUCAAUUCAACUUCUCCACGGAGUCAUCGCUCUAUCGUCCAGCGCCCGCAGUGCCGCCGCAAGCGACGCCGGCGGAUAUGCGUCGGCCGGACUCGUAUUACACGGCCGUGAGAAGCAGUAAGGCGCCCACAUCACAUUAUCGCGCACCCAGACCGCUGGCUCAGCCGCCGGCAGCGCCCACCGCGCAUACGUCACGCCCAAAGACUGUUUAUCAAACGGCCUCCUCGCAGGAGGCUUCGCCUACAACGCCAACGCUGCCAGCAUCAUCGCCUCUGGCCACUGCCAAUCCGUAUCAUCGCUCCAAGUCGGAGGCACUGCUGGAGACGGAUUUUGAUAGCGAGGCCGGCGACGGCGGCUUGGUGCCACUGCAUGCCAAUGGACGCAGUCACAGCCAGCCGCUAGAGACGGCCAUGUAAACCCUUCAUUCGCUACGUAGAUUUUAGUUAAUGCAUUAAGAUGAGAGAUUAUGAGAGACGAACACACCCCACGUUGUUUUAUGUAGUAGAAAACUUAAAGCAUUCCAUCCAUUAGUUGUAAACAUUUAACAUUAACCAUCAACACAUGCGAACGCAAAACAAACGAAUUAGUAUUAAAUACAUAAUUGUUGUAUAUAAUUGAUUUAACAUAAACAAUAAAUAAGUCAAUGCCAAUAUUCAAA